ACCGAAAUUAACCAAUAACGAUCCGUGACAACCAAAACCCGCUGGAGAGAAAGCAACCCCCGAAAGCCCUUUUCCUAAUUCGAUAACCGGCGGUUCUGUAGUUCCGGGAACCGGAGAAGUUCGCCGGAAAAUAUGGCGAGAGAUAUCGAGAAAGGAGAUGCGUCACAACCGUUAGCUAAUACUGCGACCACUAGUUCAUCAAACACCACCGGCAACAACACCAGAAUCAGGGCCAAACCCGACCCGAUACUCGCUACCUGUCGAUGUUUCAGCCUCGUCACCGUCUUGGCUUCCAUUCUAUGCAUUGUCGUUAAUGUCAUUUCCGCCGUCCGAUCUUUCAGAAACGUAUCAGAUAUAUUUGAUGGUAUAUUUCGAUGUUACGCCGUGGGGAUUGCGAUUUUUGUGAUUGUUGCGGAGACAGAGUGGUCGUUCAUCAUCAAGUUCUGGAAGGUGCUGGAGUAUUGGGCAGGCAGGGGCAUGCUGCAAAUCUUUGUUGCUGUUAUGACAAGAGCUUAUCCUGAGGUAUAUGGGGAGCGGCAUGAGGUUCUCCUUCUCAGGGACAUAGCAAGUUACACGCUCCUUUCUUGUGGCCUGAUAUACGUUAUUUCGGGAGUCCUCUGCAUCGGUUUUCUCAAGCGUGCACGCCAAAACAAAGCAAUUACCACACAGCAAGCAAUUAAAGAUCUAGAGGAUCUUGAGCGUCGCCGAGCAGAACUUGAAGCACUGCUGAUUGUUGACAACCCAUGACGCAAAUGACAAUCCACAACUGCCCUCUGCUAAGAUGCUAGCACGACGAUGAAUGAGAGUGAGUGAAACUGUUCUCGACUCUUAGAAUGACAUACUGAAAUCCUUCCAUUACGUAUUAAAUUUGUUGUUUACUUGAUGAUAAUCGCUAGGGAGAGAUCAAUCAAUUCUUUAGAUUUGCUUGUAUGAAAAACUGGAUUUUGAUCCAUCGGUAUUCAACUUCUGAUAGAUGUAAUUACCACUGUUGAUGCUAGAAUUGUUUCUACAGUUUCAGUAAUUCCAUGUACCAUCUUUUCAAUUUUAUGGAAACUUUAACGUAGCAGCCAACAUUGAAAA